GAUGUAAAAGUAGGAAUAUUAGAGGUUUGGGCAGGAAAUAUAGAUUUCAGGAUGAUAACACCCCAGGAGACCACAUGGAGUGAGAAGAGUAGCACACAGUGGACAGGCACCCAGUGAAGGGGAUUGGCCUGGAGACAAGUAGAAUCAGAGGAGAUCGGGGAGGGGAGAUUAUGCAACAGAGGUCCAGGAAAGUGAGAACCGAAGACAGUUUGCUGCACCCACCAAUACUGAGGUUAACUGUGGGUUUUGCUAGAAUAGUCUCAGUGGAAAGGGCCGAAGCCGCUUUGCACUGUGGUGGGAAAGAUAGAAGAUGAAGAAGUGUAGAAAACAAGUGUAGACCCCUCUUUCAAGUAGCUUGGCCAAGAGAGGGGAUUGCUCAUAGAAGACACAGGAUUAGAAAAAUUAUUUUUUAAGGAUAAGAGAAGACUAACCAAGUUUUUUAGCUUGAAAGAAAAGAGUUGAUAGAGGGGGAUCAGGGGAAGAUUCAGUAGAAAGUGGAGAAAAUAAUCAUGGACUAGAAAGGGAGAAGAUGGUAUGGAAGACCCUGUCAUGAACAGGCACCUGCAAGUGAGGAGUGGCUUGGUAGGGAUGCAAUUAAUAGUUAGAGACGGGGAUGUUGAGGAGGUUUAAUGAAGGAGGUGAUACACACUUCUGAGGGAGUGAGGGGGUCAAAGGAGAGCAGGGGAAGACUCACACAGUUGCUGAGAAGGAUUGAUCCAACUAGUAAAAAGGCCUUGGGACAGAGCUGAAGGCAAGUUGGGACUGGCGGUCACGAAUGAGCAGUGGCACCAAUUCACCCUGCACACUCUCAUAGGUCAAAGGGUACACAGUUCCACAAAGAAGGAAGUUCGCAUUUCAAUGCUCGCUUCCCUCUUAUCUGUCAAGAGCUUAUGUCCUUUAGCAGUGUAUCCUCGCCAUUUCAUUUUAUGUGCUAGUUGUGUUCUUCCUUCACCUCUUCUCUUCUUCCUUACCUCUCUCGUGCUCUCCAACAUGAAUGUAUUUUCCCUCUUUGUUAUUUUUUGUUAGUUUGCGUCAUUAAGGAAAAAUAAAACCAUCUAUGUGUAUCUGCCGUUUCGGAUGCCAUCCUGUGGCAUUACCAUUACCACUGUGUUAGCAGUGGCAAUGUUUAGGUCCCUGGGCUAGCAGUAGAAAGGGGUUUCAGAACAAUGUCCCACAAGGGGUUUAUUUUAUUUUCAGGGGUCCAAUCUGGCUCUGAAAUUCUCCAAGUCUUCAAACGUUGUAUUACUGCAUGUCCAUUCAGUCAAGAAUGAAUUUCAGGAGGAGUUGACUGUGUAUAACAUUCUGCCUCUGUGGUGGCUAAACAAUUGUUUGUCAUAGUCGUGAGCAGUUGAGGUGACUUUCUAGUUUAGAGCUCUCCUCGUUCGUUAAUAGGUGCAUUAUGCAAACGUGGACACAUUGCAUCACUGUGAAGGACUUCAGACUGCGGUUUGCAAAAGCAGAAUAAAUUUUCUUGGGGUUGUACCGUUAUGUACACACACACACACACACACACACACACGCCCACUGGCAGACACGGCCACACCUCACAGCUCUGGGGGAAGCCACAGACCUCAGCCGUACAAGCGGAGCCUAGACUAGAAGAACUUUCCGCAGUCCUGAGGACAAACAGCCCCGCGGCCGCGACGGAGUGCCGGCCCGGGCCGAGGCGGGCGCGGCGGCGGCAGGUACGCGGUGCGCCCGCGCCAGGGCCCGAGCGCGGUGCGGCCGGAGGGUCCCGCGCGCUGCACAAGUCGGUGCGGUGUGCGCGCGCCGACCGGCCCGGGCGAGCCGCAUCCCCGGCCGCCCUCGCAGCCUCCAGGCUCCCGGCAGCCGCCGCCCCUCCCUGCCGGCCUGGGCGCCCUCGGGCAGCCCCCGCCGCCGCGCCGGCCGGAACAUGGCUGCGCGCCCCGCCGCCACCCUCGCCUGGUCGCUGCUGCUGCUCUGCUCGGCCCUGCUCCGCGGCGGCUGCCGGGCGCGCUUCGCCGCCGAGCCGGACUCGGAGGACGACGAAGAGGAGCCAGCGGUCUUCCCCGAGUCGCCCCUGCAGAGACCCACGGUGCUGGUGGCCGUCCUCGCCCGCAACGCGGCGCACGCGCUGCCGCACUUCCUCGGCUGCCUGGAGCGGCUGGACUACCCCAAGAGCAGGAUGGCCAUCUGGGCAGCCACCGAUCACAAUGUGGAUAAUACAACAGAAAUACUCAGGGAGUGGUUGAAAAAUGUACAGAAACUCUAUCACUAUGUGGAGUGGAGGCCCAUGGAUAAGCCAGAAUCUUAUCCUGAUGAAAUUGGACCAAAGCACUGGCCGAGCUCCCGGUUUGCCCAUGUGAUGAAGCUACGACAGGCAGCCCUUCGAACUGCGAGGGAAAAAUGGUCGGACUACAUUCUGUUCAUAGAUGUCGACAAUUUCCUGACCAAUCCACAGACCCUCAGUCUAAUGAUUGCAGAGAACAAAACCAUCGUGGCCCCCAUGCUGGAGUCUCGGGGCCUGUACUCCAAUUUCUGGUGCGGAAUCACACCUCAGGGCUUCUAUAAGCGGACCCCAGACUACCCUCAGAUUAGAGAAUGGAAGAAGCUGGGCUGCUUCCCCGUCCCCAUGGUCCACUCCACCUUCCUAAUCGACCUCAGGAAGGAAGCUUCGGACAAGCUGACGUUCUACCCUCCGCACCAGGACUACGCCUGGACCUUUGAUGACAUCAUCGUCUUUGCCUUCUCCAGCAGGCAAGCAGGCAUCCAGAUGCACCUGUGCAACAGAGAGCACUACGGCUACCUGCCCAUCCCCCUGAAGCCGCAUCAGACACUGCAGGAGGACGUCGAGAACCUCAUCCACGUGCAGAUAGAAGCAAUGAUUGACCAUCCUCCAAUGGAACCCUCCCAGUAUGUCUCAACUGUCCCGAAAUAUCCAGACAAGAUGGGAUUUGAUGAGAUUUUCAUGAUAAACCUCAAGCGCAGGAAAGACAGGCGGGACCGGAUGCUGCGCACGCUGUAUGAGCAGGAGAUUGAGGUCAAGAUUGUCGAGGCUGUAGAUGGAAAGGCCCUCAACACCAGCCAGCUCAAGGCCCUGAACAUCGAAAUGCUGCCCGGUUAUCGCGACCCCUACUCCUCCCGGCCUCUAACCAGGGGUGAAAUCGGCUGCUUUCUUAGCCACUACUCUGUCUGGAAAGAGGUAAUUGACCGAGAGCUGGAGAAGACUCUUGUGAUCGAGGAUGACGUGCGUUUUGAGCAUCAGUUUAAGAGGAAGCUGAUGAAGCUGAUGGAUGACAUCGACCAGGCUCAUCUGGACUGGGAACUGAUUUAUAUCGGUAGGAAGAGGAUGCAAGUAAAAGAGCCAGAGAAGGCCGUGCCCAAUGUGGUGAACCUGGUGGAGGCUGACUAUUCCUACUGGACCCUGGGCUACGUCAUCUCUCUGGAAGGAGCACAGAAGCUGGUGGAAGCCGACCCUUUUGGGAAGAUGCUGCCAGUGGAUGAGUUUCUGCCAAUCAUGUACAACAAGCAUCCUGUGGCCGAGUACAAGGAGCACUACGCAUCCAGGGACUUGAAAGCCUUUUCUGCCGAACCCCUGCUCAUCUACCCCACGCACUACACGGGCCAGCCGGGGUACCUGAGCGACACGGAGACCUCCACCAUCUGGGACAACGAGACAGUGGCCACCGACUGGGACAGGACGCAUUCCUGGAAGUCCCGCAAGCAAGGCCACAUCCACAGCAACGCCAAGAACACAGAGGCGCUGCCGCCGCCCACCUCCGUGGACGCCGCGCGGUCGCGGGACGAGCUCUGAAGGGUCCCGGGAGCGCGACCCGCCUCGGUCCAUCGCCCUUGGGUUUCUCUACAGGGCUGGUCAUCUGUCUGC